AUGUCGUCAUAUACUUGUAACUCAUGUGCUUUGGCUUUUAGCACCGGCGAGGACCAGCGGUCACAUAUGAAGACUGACUGGCAUAGGUAUAAUUUGAAAAGAAGAGUUGCUCAACUACCGCCUAUCGAUGAACCUACAUUUGAUGAAAAAGCCUCAAGACUUGCUGAGAAUGAGACCGAAAAGUUAUCUAAGAAGGAGAUUAGGCGUCGGGAGAAGGAAGCGCUUUUGGAGAGGAAGAAGCAACUGCUUGAAAUGGCUAAACACAGUAUAAUGAAGAAUAUGCAGGAGCAGAACGUAAAGUCUAAUGACUUAUCCGAGGAGUCUGUUACUGAUGAACCAAUAGCUGCAGCAGAAGAGACCGUUGAGGCUGUUGCUGCUGAGACCGAGCUCACCGAAGAAGAACAGCUAGAGAAAAUAAUGCAAGAUAAGAUCAAGAACAACGUCGAAAUUCCACUAGAGACAUGUAUCUUCUGUCCGAAGCGCAGCUUUGCAACUUUUGAGGAGAAUUUGGAGCAUAUGUUUAAAAACCACGGUUUCUACAUUCCAGAAGCAAAGUAUCUCGUGGACAAACGGGGUUUGGUAAAAUAUUUGUCAGAAAAGGUCGGUUUGGGUAAUGUCUGUCUAUGCUGUUCCUACCAGGGUAGGUCGCUAGAGGCAGUCAGAGCACAUAUGUUAGCCAAGUCCCACUGCCGUGUUCCAUACGAGACAGAAGACGAAAAGUUGGAGAUAUCUGAAUUCUAUGACUUCACUAGCAGUUACGCCGCACUAGACGCUGCUACAAACGAUGACGAGGGCGAGUGGGAAGAUGUUGACUCAGAUUACGAAGGAUCUGACUCUGAAGAAUUACUACCACAGGAUAUUCUAUAUCACGACGGUAUCGAACUAUAUCUGCCCACUGGUGUUAAAGUAGGCCACAGAUCCAUGCAAAGAUACUAUAGACAAAACAUAAAACCUGAGCGUGAACUAAGUGAGGGACAAGGUACCAUUAUUGCAGCAGAUACCAGACAUUUGGCUACUAUUCAUGAUAAACAAGCUGUUGCUACUCAGAAGAGAGCCUGGAAGACCUUUGUCAGUGAUAAGAAGAGAGACGACAAGCGUGCAGCUAAGUUCAUAAAUAACCAACCUCAUUACAGGGAUCAAUUACUACAAUAA